AUGUCGGAUAUCUUAGGAGAAAUUUCAGUGAAACUUGCUCAAAUUCUUUUACCAAUCAUAAUAUUUGUUGGUGUAUCUGGAAAUAUUUUGAAUAUAAUUAUUUUAACUCGAGUAAAUCUACGAAAUCACGCCUGUUCAAAAUAUUUCUUAGCACUUGCUUCAAAUAAUCUCCUUUAUUCAUUAUUUACCAUCCAAUAUCUCUUAUCCAAUGGAUUUUCUAUUGAUGGUCAAACAAUAUCAAAUAUUUCCUGUAAAAUUCUUCAAUAUAUCGGUAGUGCGUGUCCAUUUCUUUCACCAUAUUUUAUUGUCUUAGCUUCAAUUGAUCGAUUCUGUGCCAGUUCAUCAAAUGUAAAUAUCCGUGCACUUAGUAAUGUAACAAAUGCAACAAGAUUAAUCAUUUUCAUUGUCAUUUGUGUAUUAUUAUUUUUUAUAAAUACUCUUGUCUUAAAUGAAUAUCGUGAUGAUGGAUAUGGAUGUACCAUUCGUCCUGAAACUUUGUACAAUCAAAUCUUUUACAUUAUACAAAUCAUUCUAUUUGCUGCUAUUCCUCCUAUUCUCAUGAUUUUCUUUGGUUUAUUAACAAUUUAUAAUACAACACGAUUACAAGUGAACAUUCAAGUAACUAUUCGACAUCGUCGAACAGAGAGUCAAUUGGCACGAAUGCUCUUUCUUCAAGUUGCUAUUUAUAUUCUAUUGAAUAUGCCUAUGUGUAUUAUGUAUUUAAUGUUAACAUUACCAUUGGAUUAUAUUCCAACACAGGAAUUUUUCUUUGCUUUGUCAAUAAGUACAAUUUCGUUUAAUUUUUCAUUUGCAACAACAUUUUUCUUAUAUAUUCUUACGGCACGAGUUUAUCGUGAAGAAUUAUUUCGUUUGAUUUCGAAAGUUUUUCAUUACAGACGUGCAAAUCAAGUUCAACCAAUGUCAACAACACGUCAUCCGGAGGUAACACGUCAUAGAAACUAA